AUGGCGGUCACAAGGAUUGUCCCGGUGUCUCCUCCCUGUUCCACCCGCGAGAAGCAAGUCAGCGCGACGGAGCCUGUCGGACUAGUUCCCCCGGAAAAUAUUGAGAAAAGAUACCGGGAUGGUGCUUCAACCCCGGCUGCAAGGAGCAAUCCAAAUGCUCCAGAUUUUGGCAAUUCGCAUCUGCUCCACAGAUUCUUGACUCGCGAAUCGCAGAAGGUUUCCAUUGGCCAUGAUAGGCCCACUGGCCGCAAGACCAUCAAUCAGUAUCAGAUCAUCGGGGAACUAAGCCGUGGAGCUCACAACAAAGUUAAGCUCGCCCUUGAUACUGAGAGGGGAGAAAAAGUGGCAAUCAAGAUCAUUUCACGCCACUCCAAACGACGUCUCGCACAGAGCACCUUGUCAUCUCUUAAGGAGGCAAUCAUACUGAGAAAUUUUCGCCACGCCAACGUUGUUGCACUGCUUGAAAUUAUGGACGACCCGGAGCAGAGCAAAGUGUACCUGGUGCUCGAGUACGCCAAGUUCGGAGACAUAUCGUGGCGCGAAAAAGGCGCUCAUCACGUCUGCCAGAACGAACAAAAGAGAAUCCAGGGUGAGACGAACAGAGAGGUAGCAAAACGACAUGCGGCCGAUAAGUUGAGAAUGUCCAUUUUUCGCAGUGGAUACAUUGUGCCGAAUUUGCACACUACCGCUACAGCCGAUGAGAAAGGCAGGGUGAAUCAGUUCAAUGCUACAAGGCAUACGUUGCCACGAACUACCCUAGGGCUGUCGAGUUCAGCUAUAAGCGGUUACUUCGCUUCAUGGGCAGGCACUUCCAGGCUCCAGGCAAUGGACGACUGUUGCUAUGUCGCUUCGGAAUUUGACCACAACACAAAUGCAGGCCAACUUGACUGCAAGCAAGGCCUCUCACAUGAACCUGCCACUGUAGCUGGCUCUACCACAUCGCACAGCACUCCAUUACAUUACGCUACUCGAGCUCGCGACAUCAUUGCAGAACAGUAUGACUACGUCCCAUGCAUCACCUUCGACCAAGCCCGGUUUAUCCUAAGAGACGCUGUGCCAGGUCUCGAAUGCCUACACAGUCACGGUAUAAUCCACAGAGACAUCAAGCCAGGAAACCUCCUGUGGGGCGAAGACCGUCGCAUCAAAGUAUGCGAUUUUGGCGUUUCUUUCAUGGGACGACCAAGUUGCGAUGAGAUUCUUCGUGAAAAAGUCGAAUGCGACGGAAAACGCUUUGACGAUGAGCACGAGCUCUUCAAGACAAUCGUGUUUGCACGUUUGCCUUUCAUUGCUGAGGACGAAUUUCAGUUGUUCAAGAGAAUUGCAACUGAAGACGUCUACAUACCGCGACGACGACUACGGCCAGUCCGUCCUUCCACGAGUCCUAACAAGACCACGACAACCCAGUACCGCGACCAAAACAUCGUCGAGUAUGAAGAUGUUGAUGACCACUUAGUUGACUUACUACAGAAUAUGCUUACACGAAACCCUGAUAAGCGAAUCCUCUUGGUGGAUGUCAAACUUCACCCAUGGCUGGCACCAGCUAUGGCCGAUCCAGAGAAGGGCGUGGACGAUGACGCUCCAGGUUAG